AUGGACUACAGUUAUGAUACGGACUUGGAAGAGAUGUGUCCGGUGUGUGGGGAUAAAGUUUCUGGAUAUCAUUAUGGUUUAUUAACCUGCGAGAGCUGCAAGGGCUUCUUUAAAAGGACCGUACAGAAUAAUAAACGGUACACGUGUGCGGAGAGUCAGGACUGUAUGAUUGAUAAAACCCAGCGGAAACGGUGUCAGUUCUGCCGUUUCCAGAAAUGUCUCAACGUCGGGAUGCGACUGGAGGCGGUGCGUGCAGAUAGGAUGCGAGGAGGGCGGAAUAAAUUUGGCCCAAUGUACAAACAAGACCGGGAAUUAAAGCAGAAGAAGAAAGCCCUCAUCUGGGCUAGUGGCUUCAUGGAAGCCACGCCCCCUUUGCAAUCAUCUCCCCAGACUGACAGUUUCAACAUGGCACUUUCUGUCCCAGCUCCUAAAAACCCACACCCAAUCAUCGGCACCUCUGUGGCUCCUUCCGAUUAUGAACGCAGCCUGUACACAUCCAGCUCUCUGAGCUUUUCUGUGCCCAUUCCUGACCAUACUCCAGUGCCAACACAGUACUUAUACCCACACUUACCUGUCCGCGCCAUCAAAUCCGAGGACCCAGACCACUACACAAGCUUAGAGCAGUACACCAGUGCCAGCUGGCCAGAAUAUGUGCCAGGGUAUACAUAUGUUAACCAGUCACGAGGGUCAACGAGCACCCCCGUGGCCCUACCGGGCCUGAUGGUGCCAGCACUGGUUCUGGAGUUUGUUCGCUGUGAGCAAGAUGAGCUGCUGGUGCAACGCAAGAUAAGUGCCCACCUGGAUCAGAACAUGCGACACACAUCCAAUCCAGAACGGCUCUCCACCUUCGGCCUGAUGUGCCACAUGGCUGAUCAGACGCUCUUCUCCAUCGUGGAGUGGGCACGUAGCUGCAUCUUCUUUAAGGAGCUCAAGGUAGGAGAUCAGAUGAAGUUGGUGCAUAACUGUUGGAGUGAACUCCUUGUGCUGGACUAUAUCGCCAGACAGUUGCAACAUGGCAAAGAGGACAGUGUGCUUCUCAUUACUGGACAAGAGGUUGAGCUUGCAUCCCUACUGGCCCAGGCAGGGUUCAGACUGAGUGGGAUGAUACAGAGGAGUCAGGAGCUGGUGAACCAUUUACAAGAGCUUCAGCUUGACCGCAGAGAAACCGCCUGUCUCAAACACCUCAUCCUCUUUAAUCCUGAUGUAAAACUGUUGGAGAACCAACCUCACAUUGAGAGUGUGUAUAAGCAGGUGAAUGAAGCAUUGUUGGAAUACACACUGUGUGUGUAUCCACAAUUCCAGGACAGGUUCAACCACAUUCUGUUGCGCCUUCCCGAGCUCAGAGUUUUGAGUGUGCAAGCUGAAGACUACCUGUGCUACAAACACCUGAGUGGAGAGGUGCCGUCCAACAACCUGCUCAUCGAAAUGCUGUACGCCAAGAGAACCUGCAUCUGA